UUUAUCGUUUUCAUAGAUCGACUUUAUCAGACAAACGCGAGGGCUUAUCCAACUUUUUUAUCUCCCGGGGAUAUACUUUUCCUUUUGCGAUCACCGUUUAGCUCCACGAGGUCGGUUGGUGCCGACUUUUCUCCUUCGCGAUCCUCGCGCUUUUCCACGUUACGUCACGUGGCUCGUUUCCACCAUCGUGCACACACACGCACACACACGGUCGUGGUAGAAUUUUCGGAUUAAAAAAGUUGAACCAAGUCCAACGUGUUUAACCGGGCAGGCAUUUCUACAUCCACGUUCUGCAAUAAACAAGUGAAAAUUUAAAUCACAUACCUAGUGUGCCAGUGCAUUAGUGUCUGUGUUUCUGUUUGUGUGUGUUUGCGUAAGCCGAAGGAUAGCUUAAUUGUGUUGCAUCUCAUUCAGCAGCGCUAGUGAAUCGACAAAAGGCGGUCACGUUUGGGUGGUGGAGAAAAUCCCUUUCUCUUGUACACCUAGCAAGCAGCAAUCCUUUUCCUAGCGAAAAACAAAGUCCAGGACGCUCUUCCGUGCGAAUCGGUCUUCAAUCUUUCCUUUGCAAAGCAUUUCGUUGCAUCUACAUAACCCAUAAGAUAUGGCCAAUCUCAUGACAGUGCGUCUGCAGCGUGGCGAUGGUCAGGCCUGGGGCUUCCGUCUGCAGGGUGGCAAGGACUUCUCCGCCCCACUGGUGCUACAGAGAGUUAACGGUGGCAGCGUGGCCGACCAGGCCGGUCUGAUGGCUGGCGAUGCGCUGAUCAAGGUCAACGGAACGGAAGUCUUCAACAUGCGUCACAAGGAGGCCCAGGACGUUAUCGUCGCCGCUGGAAACUCGUUCGAGCUGACCGUGUCGAGAGGUGGUGCUACCUGGAGGCCAUCUGUCACACCGACUGGCUCGCUGCCAUCCCCCUCACCGUCGCUCCCCGGUAACAUUACGCCGGUGACGAGAACUUCGCUUGCCGCUACACCACAGGAGAUGAAGCCGAUCGGUAGCGGUCACAACACCGCCGCCAAGCCGUUUGCUGCUGUUAACGGAAACGAUGGACAGAUCAAGAGCAUCGUCAACAACCAAUACAACACCCCGGUCGGUAUGUACAGCGAUGAAACCAUUGCCGAAACGCUGUCCUCGCAGGCGGAAGUCCUCGCCGGAGGAGUUCUUGGUGUGAACUUUAAGAAGAACGAGCGCGUGUACUCGCCGGCCAACUCCGAGGUGUACAAGCUGCUGCACGAGCAGGGCGAUGAUCCCGAACCAGAUAGUGUUUACUCUAACAAUUUCCAUUACUCGGUCAAUAAACUCGAAUCAGCUUCAUCGCAUUUCUACGCCACGCAAAGCCACGCCAUCGGUGGGUAUGCGACGGCCGGCCGUCUGCCGGUCGGUUCGCUCGUCCCGGGCGCCCGUCCCCGGGGACCAUCGCCACUGCCACCGCAGAUGCAGGGUCAAGUGCCACGGCCGCCCAUGCCGAAACCACCGAUGAUGCAGCCCCAACCGCAGCGUCCAGCACCACAGACUGCCCCGAACCAGCAGGCUGCUCCACCGAAGGUUGCUUUCCCUCCGCAACAACAACAGCAGCAGCAGCAGCAGCAGGCUCCAGCUCCGGCUCCAGUUCCGGGUUCAGCCUUCCGUCCGGCACCCAAUACCGCUCCGAGGUCCGGUAUUCCACCGAAGGUUCACAGCGAGGGUCACAAGACCGGCGUCUCUGCCAUCUCUGCUGCUCUCAACGCUCAUGCCAACUUGAACGGCCGCUCGCAGUCACCGUACGGCAAUAAUACCAUCACAGUCGGGCAAUCGCCGUCCCAUUCGCGAUCGAGCAGCACCACGUCGUCGAGCGGUUACUGCAACUCGAGCUCGUUAUCGCCGGUGCAAUCGAACAAGGUGUCCCCGUUGCAUUCGCGCACCAGCAGCGAAAACGAGCUGAUCGAUCGCAGCCACAGCAGCAACAGCAACAGCAGCAGCACAUUCGAGCUUACUGGCCCCAUCGCUUUCCCAGCCUGCCCAUCGUCCCCGCUACCGCCGCCACCACCACCACUACCACCGAUGGAGGAAAACACAGCCCAGCCGGUCCAGCCGGAAGCGGCCAACGGAUCGGCCGAACCGCAGUUAGUGUUUGGGGCGAAUGGGUUGGCCGCUCCGGCACCUCCGGACGGCGAGACGCAACCGGAUGCGGGUGGAUCGGAGAGCGGAACGGUUACGCAAAACGAGUUUGGCUUUUACUAUCAGACGAUGGGUGGCCGCGUGAUCCGGAGUGUGCUUCCGCCGGGCAAGAACUCCACCUACAAGGUAAACCAGAACAACAUUACGCCGAAGCCGUUCGGUGCUCCGCUUCCGGUGAGCCCACUGGCUCAGGUACAGCCACCGGCAUCCUACCCACCGGUGGCCGGAAGCGUGCCGACCCCAUUCUCGGCCGCACUGGUCGGUGCCCAGGCACCGGCUCCGGCUCCGGUCGCCGCUCCGGCACCGGCCCCGAUGGCAGCACCGGCCGCUCCGUUGGCCGCUCCGGCCCCAGCCAUGGCACCGGCACCCGUGCCAACUCCACAAGAAAAAGAUGGCAGCGAAGAAACUCCAGCCGAGGCUGAAGAAAAGGCUGGUGAGGAAGAAGAGGACGCCGGACGGGAGAGGAGCGAAUCGCCCGCUCCGGUGUUUGCCUGGCCUCCAAAGCCAGAGGUCGUGGACACGAUUCCGACCGCGACUCCGAUCUAUAUACCACCGCCGGAAACGCAGCGCGUCAUUAUCAAACCGAUCACCGUGGUGCCUCCGAUGAAGGUGAAAGAAAAAUCGAAAACCCCACCAGAUGGGCCACAAGAGCAGCAGAGCAAGCAGAGUAAGUCCGCGCCGGAAUUGAGCCACCGCGCAGGGCAAGAGGACCACCACCAGCAGCAGCAGCAGCAAGAUGAGGAAGAUCUUUCGGACUCUUACGGUAUGACAACAACCACCACCACGACAACGGCUAACUCAGCCUCGUCCGAGGAGUACCGGAUGUACCAGACGCAAACAUCGCAACCGAUCGUGACGUACUACGAGACGCCCCAGUACGAGCUCGAGAAUCCGUUCUCGUCCGGCCAGCGUAGCGCACAGGCAAGUACGGGCGCAAUGUCCGACGCAUCCUACACGCACUUCGUCUUCCGCGAUCCCCCACCAGAGGAGGAGGAGGAGGAAGAGGCAAUAGUGGAGGAACCACCGGAAGUGCAGCCGGUAGCAGGCUCCACCACCACCGCCACCGACACCGAUCGUCCUGCGAAGCGUGUCGAGUUCGUCGACUAUGGUCGCGAGCUGGAACGGUACGUGCGCGCCGAACAGGAAAAGGAAGCGAGGCGUCGCGCACUCGAGGCCGAGAUGGCAGAGGCGGCCAAACGGCCGGAGGAACCACCCCACUACUCGUUGCCAUCGAUUCCGUCGGCCGAACCGCCUCAGCUGCCACCGUCCGCCAUCCCGAACCCAACACCGAAACAGUGGCAAUCGGCGCUGGUACAGGCGCUGUGCGUAGCGCCGCCCGACCCAAUCCACCUGACCGCGGACCAGAUCGAGGAGGCGAACUUUAUGCGCUCCCGGAACGAGGCGUACCGGCGCGAGCAGGAGGAGACGAAGAUGCGCCAGCUGGAAGCGUUGCGGCGGCAGGUCGACGCACUCGAGCGACGGCUCGGCAAGCAACCGGAACCGGAACCGGAACCGUUGCCUGUCGGACCACCGCUCGAGGUGCCGCGGAAGGGUGAGGUGAUGGCGAAGCUGCUGGCUACGUCGACCACCCGCUCGCAACGCUUCCCGGCGCACUACGUCCCGGUGGUGCCACUGCCGGCCGAAACUGAACCCUACUUUCCGCCUCCCCACUCGAUGGAACCGAUCCGGAGCGAGAAGAUAUCAUCCAUGCGCAACGAGUCACCGUUCGUCGAGGCUCUCAAGACCGCUCCGUACACUCCGUUUCAGCAGUUCGGGCGCGAGAUCCCGUCGCAGAUGGAGGACCUGCCCGUGCCGAGCGGACGGCUUUCGAUGAUGGAUGCACUGGCGACGGCUCCGGAGCGUCCCUAUACUCCGUUCAGUGAGGUACGGUUUGACCGAAGCUCGGAGGUGUAUCAGGAGAUGGUACGCGAACAACCCUCGGUACCGGUCGAUCCCGAUCGGCAGUGCUCGGCGUUUGCGAACGUUGGUGGCAAUCGUACCCCGAAGCCGUUCGUACCGAUUGUGCCGGAAAUUCGUGAAAUUCCUCCAGAGCCAACGCCGAAAGAGGAGAGAAGUCCCGAGAUGGCGUCCGAAUCUUCGCGUCGAAGUUCUACGGUGGCUGAAGAGAGUCGCCGCAGUUCUAAGGUGAUCAGCACCGAGGAAACCCGUCGAUGCUCACAAACGGUGGCACAAACGGUGGAGAGUCGUCGCAGCUCGACUGCGACGGUCGAAAGUCGCCGAGCAGAAUCGGGCGGACAGGACAGCCGUCGUGGUUCGGGCGGUACCGGUUCCGAGCCGACGCCACCGAAAUCAGUCACCAGCAAACCAGAAACGAUCCCACCGUACCCGGGCAGGGACAGUCAUCCACCGGAGCACUACUCGCUGGCUCUUCGCCGCGAGACGAGCUCACCGCUGAACAAACCGGCCGAGAUUCCACCGUACCAGCGCAAAUGGUUCAAUCUGCCGACGCAGAACCCACCGCGCACGCCGGAACCCGAGGAACUGCGCACCAACGUUCCGCUGGCCUUUGUAAAUACACACUCGCACACUGCUAACCUUUCGAAGCCGAUCGCGAAGCCGCCGGGCCCUGUAAAUAAGCCGCCAGCACCGUACACCACCAUUCAGAACCGCACCAUCCCGGUCGUUCAGCCGCAGCCACCGGAGCUGGACGCCGAGCUGGCGCAGUACCACAGUGCUCAUGCGCGUCUCCAACACAAAGGUGUCAUCGAUCGUGGCCAGUCGUUCACGCCGUCGCUCAUCCUGACGAAGCAUGCGACCACCAUCCCGUACUAUCAGCACCAGCUCGGGUUCGAGGAGUACUUUGCGGAGGUGAAGGAGUUUGACGGUCACACGACGCCCCAGCCGAGUCGCACAAAGUCGCCGGCAUUUGGUCCGCCGCCGAAUCCGCUCAAGCCGCACGUGCCACCGUCUCGCGAGGGUAUACCGGUAGAGUCGGGACUGUAUCUGUCCAUGGGUAAGCUGCACGGUGUGCCGUGGUACGCGAACAAGGACCACGUGCCGGCUGACAUCCAGAAGAAGAUGCAGGAGCAGCUGCAUCUGGAGGCGAAUCAGCGAUAUGGGCGUAGCGUGCAGCAGCACCAUCAGGAGGUCACAUCGCACCAACAGGUAACGAUGAGUAGCAGCAGCAGCGUGACAACUUCUGAGCAGCAUCAGCAACAACAGCAGCAACAACGAAUGUCCCGGGAACAAGCAUCAGCUGAACGGGCGGUCCAAAGCGCCCAACAGGUAGGCAAUGCGUUGAUCCAAAAGCGAACGCGCUUCGUAGAGGAGCAUGAAUCUAGUAGCCGCAGUCAAUCCGUGUCGCGUAACGCAAACAGCGAAUCCUCACGAUAUUCUUCCAAAAUCAAGGAAGACGAAGCGCCCCAGAAGGGCUUUGUGGCGCAGCAGACGCGUCGAUUCUCGGGCCAGGACGAGGCCCUUAAUAUCCCGCCCCAACCGACCGAGCAGGAGCUGAAGCAACAGCAGCAGCAGCAGCAGGAACAGGAACAGGCUGCCCUUAUCCAGCAGCUUCAAGAGGAGCAACAGAAGCGACAAAUUGCUGCCGCAGCUAAGCCAGCACCCCCACCAGCUCCGAUCCGUCACGUAGAGCCACCAACUCCGAAACCGGCUCCACCGCCGACCCACUUCCCCGAGACCGAUCUGUUCGCCGAAGAGUUUGUCGAUCACUUCCCGAGCAUUAGCGCACGGAAGGCGAGCGUGCUGCUGCCACCGAAACCGGCAGUCGGCCGCUCGGACUGCGUCAGUCCCAGCUCGUUCAAGGCGCAGUUCAACGAGUUCAUGAUCGGUGCCGGUCCGAUGCCGCCGAUGCCACCGAUGCGCGAAGAGGACGAAGGCAAACCGGCCGACGACCGGAGCGACACGCAAAAGCUAAUCCAAUCGUGGCCACCGCAACUGCCGCCCCAGGUUACCGCGCCUGUGGCGGUGGCGACUAACACGAAUGCGCCCCCCGCCAACGGUGCGGCGCCGCCAACACCCGGCAGCAAGCCGUCCAGCCGCAGUAACAGCACGGCUUUCCUUGACUUCCUUAACCGACCCACGUUCAAUCCGAAUACUGAUCGUUCCACUGUCGGUGCAGGUACGAACUCCUUCAAUAAGGGACGGGCGGCGUGCUCCACGUCGGCCCCCAACCGUGGACGGGGCGUGAUGAACAAGGCGGUCGGACCGGGCGGUCGCGUCCCGCUGUGCGGAUGCUGUCAGCAGCAGAUCAGAGGACCGUUCAUCACUGCGCUGGGACGCAUCUGGUGUCCGGAUCACUUCAUCUGCCACAACGCAAACUGCAAACGUCCGCUGGCUGAUAUCGGAUUCGUCGAGGAGAAGGGUGAUCUGUACUGCGAGUACUGCUUUGAAGAGUUCUUGGCCCCACUGUGCUCGAAAUGCAAUGGCAGAGUCAAGGGUGACUGCCUGAAUGCGAUCGGCAAGCAGUUCCAUCCGGAGUGCUUCAAGUGCACGUACUGUGGCAAGCAGUUCGGCAACAGCCCGUUCUUCCUGGAGGAGGGCGAUCCCUACUGCGAGAAGGACUGGAACGAUCUGUUCACGACCAAGUGCUUCGCGUGCGGAUUCCCCGUCGAGGCCGGUGACAAGUGGGUGGAGGCGCUGAACAACAACUACCACAGCCAGUGCUUCAACUGCACCAGCUGCAAAAAGAACCUCGAAGGACAGAGCUUCUUUGCGAAGGGUGGACGUCCGUUCUGCAAAAACCAUGCUCGCUAAUCGGUUUGGCUGGCUAAUUCAGGCGCACCAUCAAACACAUCUCACCAGGCAGAUACAACGCGUUUAGGUACUCUACUUUCACUCCCGUCUCAAGGCGUCAUUUGAAACUUAAAACAAAAACACGAACGAAACCAAAAACACAAAAUGUUGUCUAAUCGAAACACUCGAACACAAUGAGCAAAGUGGAAAUGGAAAAAUAGGCGGGGGGAAAAAUCUCACAACAAAAGAGAUUCGGGCAGCUUGGCGAUUGGUUGGUGCUGCACACACAGAUUGCGUACAAGCAGAGUUAGGGGAUGAAACAUUUCACAGCGGACGAAACAUUUCAGUCGGCGAAUCAUUUCAAGCUAAGCUUUCUUUCCAUUUUGCGGUGAAGAAAAGUCGUUUAGCUUGUAGAGGAAAACAGGAGCAUCAAGCGUUAGAUAGUUUAAGACAGUGGGUCCGAGAGUGGGUUGGAGUGAGUGAGUGAGCGUGAGAGUAAGAGCGAGCGAAAGAAAGAGAGAGAAACAGUAGAUGAAUGAUGAUGAAAGCGAAAAGAAACAGAACAACAUUUUGCUAGACAUUGAGAUUUAAAUAAUGGUUAGUGUUGAAGAAGUCUAAAUAAUUGAAUGGAAGUAGAAUGCAUAACUAAGGAACAUCGCAAAUUAAAUGUAGAAAACCAUAGAAAGCUUUCUAUUUUACUGUUUAAACUUCUACUUGAUGUUGAAUACGUCCACCAUUGUGCAGUACAACCCGCGUGGAUGCAGUUUCGAUGCCGUUUUGCUGCUCCAAGCCUUUUUCUCUUGCUUUGGAUCGUGAAAAUCUUAACGUCUCGAAAGCAAACGGUUGAAGCUGGGAUCCGAGGGUUUGUUGUUUUAAAAUUAAAGUGCAAAGAAAACAAAACGAUUAAACAUUAAAGCUCACAACAACCUGCAGACAGAACAGAACAGAAGAAAAAGAAACACCCAGGCGCUUACUCUCUUAGGUUUUUAUUUUUCACUCGCGGAAUAUCGAUAGAAUGAAGAAUCGCAAGCUUCGCUACUUUAUUUUUCUCUUUGUGUGUGAUACAAAUAUAAUUUUAUUUAUUUAUGGCCUAUGUUGCUGACAAAUAAAACAUAAAAAAAACAGUGUAAAUGUUGCUGACAAAGCAAGUACG